CGUCAUGACGCACACGAGAUGCCGCUAGCCCCCAACCUCGCCGCGAGUUUGUUGCCUGGCGGACCGUAAGAGCUGUUUUAACGACUUCCGGCGUCCCUCCCGAUCGUUGCAGCGAUGUUUUAUCACCUGACAGCAAGGCGACAGUAACUCAAACAACCACCCCUUACAACGCUGGUGUGCGGAAGAGCAUCUCUGAACGCACGACACGUCGAACCUUGAAGUGGACGGGUUACAGCAGCAGAAGACCACGAACGUGUGGAAGACGUAGCGAGGAGAACGCAGCUGGAAUAUUGUGGACUUGGCGGACUGGGAAUGCAACAGCAAUUCACUAGACGUAUUUCUCUGGAACACGAAAUCCUGCUUCACCCUCGUUACUUUGGGCCCAACCUCCUCAAUACCGUGAAACAGAAGCUGUUCACCGAGGUGGAAGGAACCUGCACUGGGAAAUACGGAUUUGUGAUUGCCGUUACCACCAUAGACAACAUUGGAGCGGGUGUGAUCCAGUCAGGACGGGGGUUCGUGCUCUACCCCGUCAAGUACAAGGCCAUUGUCUUCCGUCCAUUCAAAGGGGAGGUUGUCGAUGCUGUGGUCACACAGGUCAACAAGGUUGGACUCUUCACUGAAAUCGGGCCCAUGUCCUGCUUCAUCUCCAGACACUCUAUUCCGUCAGAAAUGGAAUUCGACCCCAACUCCAACCCACCCUGUUACAAGACCAGCGAUGAGGACAUAGUCAUUCAGCAAGAUGAUGAGAUCCGGCUGAAGAUCGUAGGCACCAGAGUGGAUAAAAACGACAUAUUUGCCAUCGGCUCAUUGAUGGAUGACUACCUUGGGCUUGUGAGCUAGAGCUCCCGUCACCCACCCAGACCCGCCACCACAGGAUCAGGAGUUCGGAAGGGUGACCUCUCCCUACCCUGGCGCAGUGUCCCUUUCGCACCGCCGCACUGGAUCGGCUCUCUGGGGAGGGGGGGGUCCGACCCCGCAGAUGUGGUUGUCGUCCGCGGCAGCGAGAUCCUACGCAAAACGGGUCUGUAAGACACCUCCCUGGAAUCCUUCUCAGCCCAAAAGAGGGCAGCUCUUCUGGAGUGACCCCCCCCCUUCACUUCCCUCCACGAGGGCAGCAGUGUUGCCAUAGUCCACGUGAGCUGCUGCCUUGAAACCUCAGCUCUACUUCAAACCCGCAGUCAAGCUGCGAAGAAUCUGGCGUUGGCUCCGGGGCUAACCCAGCCCCCUCUCGCGGUGUGUUCACUGUGGCCUCUCUCGGACACGCGCAGAGUGCUCGCUCCCAGAAAGAAGUAGGCCGAUAUUCUCUCUCUCUGGCCUCCACUGCCCAACGCUGCCAUUCCAGGAACUCUGUCUCCCCCUGUUGGUUGGUUAUCCUGGACAAUCUGAUGCUUAGGGUGUUGGCUGAACCUUAAACUUAAAACAGAUGUAAUUUCUGAUUCCCUAGGCUUUAAACAAAAUGUAUUUGAUUUUCUGAUGGAAUAUUUUGUGGUUUCUUUUUCCCAUUUUAAUUGAAUUCUAAGCAAGCCACAAAGAUCCCUGUGUUUCCUAUCUAAUAAAUAGAUCUGUGACUUGGAAA